AUGGGCACAGCAAGAAUUGCGUACCAUAAGCCCGUUUGUUUUUCUCUGCAAUAUAGCCAAAGCCAUGUUUGGUCCUUUAAGGCAGUUCAAACGAGGAAAUGGACGGCGCCGCCAAAUGUUUCUUUGCAAGAAUGGAAAAAUGCUUUAAAAACUCCGUGGUCGGAAGUCACGGUCCCUCCAGUUUCUAAUACCAACCAAGAAUGGAGUGAUUUUUGUCACAUUGCGGAGAGAGCACACCUCUCUGCCCUGGAAACCUGCGGGGCUACUGUUCCAAGGCCAAGCCGGAGUAGAAACAAAGGUUCAGAGUUUCAAGUUGAAGCAGCGAAUGCUCGUACCUUUCGCAUCGCCCAGCAAGCGACUUUCAAAGAACUCCGGCUGCGCAAGCUUUUGGGCCGUAUUGCUGAAGCCCAAAACCAGCAAAGCCGUGGCCGCCAGCCACCGGCCAUCCUGAUCCGUCGUAUCUUCUCUCAUCCUUUUGUUGUCAGAGAAGGCUUGCAAAGCUUAGGUGAAGCCAGGGAAUGGGCACAGCAAGAAUUGCGUAGCCAUGUCCAAAGCACUCAAACAGAGCAGCUCCAAGCUUGGCGCGAGCGUAUGAGGAACUCUUCAGCCAAGCCUCUAGGCUGCGUGGCACAGCCGCCGGAUGCGAUGGGUGGUCAGGUUCCCACGGUUUGGAAAAGUAUUCGGCAAAUUUUGCUCCAAAAACCAAACGCUAAGUUGCGUGACACGGAUCACGCGUUGCCAGCCAAAGAUUUGCGGCCAAUUGCGAUUCAGAGCGUCAUCUGGCGCGCCAUUGCCUCUGCGUGGACGCGCAGACCGCAGACGCGAGCUUGGGUCACGAGCUGGGUCCACUCCUCAGCCUGUGGCGGCAUCCAGGGGAAAAGUGUUGCUCAUGCCGUUGAUCGGCUGCUUCAAGACUUUGAAAAGAGACAGGGAAAGGUGGUUGUGUUUCAGAAGAGAUUGCCUGCCGCAGCCAGUGCAGGUCGACACUUCGAUCCCUCAGGGAGACGCCAUCAGCCCUUUGACUCUUCUUGCAGUCCUCACUGGCCUCACAGGCCGGGUGUUGCAAGCAAGGCCUGA